CUAACACCACUCACCAAUUCGUUAAAAUUGGUUUAUCAUUAGCAUUUCUCUCAGUUCACGUGAUAGAAUCCAAGCAGCAACUUUGUCAUUAUAAACCACGAUGUCAGAAAGUUAUAAGACAAGUGUUGUCAUCGAAGGUAUCGAUUUCACCUUUCAAUGUCUGCAGAAAAUUAUUCACAUAAUGCCACGGAAAGAUAUUGUGUUUAGUUCGAAUAGCUUAUAUGAGGGACUUAUGAUGGUUUAUCGUGCAUCCAGCAAUGAGACUAAAGAACAAUUGAAAAGUAUCCUUCAAUUACCGAUACAUCUUGGAACUAAAUUCUGGGCAUUAGACAAAAUAAUGGAGGAAAGAGAGAAGAUACGAGAGAAGAAAAGAAAGGAAGAGACGGUUAACGUCCAUGCGAUGGACGUUUGUUGCAGAGAGCAUUGUUGUUGGAUUAAAGACACCAAAUGUUACAAAAAAAACAACCAUUUAACUCCUGAAAAUUGCAGAUUGUUUGAUCAUUCCAAUAUUCCUAAUGUAAUGAAUGAUAUUAAUGAAGUAUUGAAAAACGAGAUGCAGGGUUACAUCCCUCAACCUGUGGUAUUUAACUCAUUCAAUAACAAUAUGGAAUUUAUUCUUUCGUACGGACUGCGGCUUAAAAGCCACCAAACACCAGUCGCGUAUCCCUCUAGCAGUACUACCAACAUAUCUCGCAAAUUCGGCAUGUUCGUGACUAAGAUAGUAUUUACAAACGAGAUGUUGCUGUUCGCAUUAUUUCCAGCUGCUCAGGAAUUAGCAAGAUCUAAUAUAUGGAAAAUUGAUGAAGAUAUUUCUGGAUUGGUCAAAAGAUUGGCAACUAAAGAACAAGCCGAAAUGCUCCGUGAAACACUGUUUGAAAAUGAAUUGGAGAAAUUGCCGGAAGAAAAUACGAUUUACCCCGAUAACUUCGAACUGGAGCACGAAUUGCCAAUCGAUCAGUUGUUGGAAAUGUUGAAUAUCAAACAUGUAUUGAGUCCAGAGAAAGCCAGCCUGUUUGGUUUUACUAAAGAAAAUCUGCAUCUCGGCGGUGCGAAUCAUCGUGCAUAUAUCAAGUUCACAUCAAAAGACGUUACUGCUAAUGCAAUUAAUAUAUUCUAUACCGAAUCUGGAGGGUCCUUUACAUCAAUGCAAGAACAUAACAAUUGUACUAAAUACGAAAAUUCGUUUGUCUGGUUGUUGUGUAACAAACAAUAUAUUCUUUUUACUGGCGUUGUCAAUAAAAAUUGUUAGGUGACUUUCUCUUCAGCUUCUGUUUGAAUUAUUUUUAAAACAAAGUAAUACAACAGAAUUUUUUUAUAGUCUCGUGAGAUAUUUCUAAUAUCUUGUAAGUAUCAGUUUUGUAAAAUAAAUAUUAAUAAUUCAAGAACUUAAUUUUGUGAGAACAUUAUGUGUUCGAGAUAACAUUUAAAAUUAAUAUAAAAUUUUCGUGUUAUAUAAACUUUGACAUUGUCACAUAUGAUUACAAUUGAAUAACUGUUGCGAUAGAUUUAUUGUUAACGUUUAUUUUAUUCUUCAUUUUAUUUUAUUCAUUAAAAUUCACACUUGGCAAGAUAUAACUUACUAUAUGUCGUAUAAAAAAAUCAAGAAACAAAUUCCAUA